UGAUUGUAAAUUUUAUGAGUCAAAUUAUUUUCAAGCAUUUAAAAUUUUGCAGCUAGGGUAUGCAGAACGUAGUUCUCAUAAGAUGAUCACUUAUUUACUCCUUUUGAUAUAACUGUAAAGGAGUAUUAGCCUAAACUUCCAACAUGUCUGAUUUAUUCAAGUCAGCGUUUGGUUAUUUCAGCAGCAACUCAACCACUGGACAAGAAAAUGAUUUUGUUGGACAAACAGUUGAAGUAGGAAAUGUCAAACUUCGGGUGAAGAAAGUGAUUGCUGAAGUAUUUGUGUUGCAGAGGUUGAUGGCUCCAGAUGAGGAAACCAGUAAGAAGAUUGUUCAAGAAGUCAACGUUCUCAAAAAACUUUCUGGUCACCCGAACAUCAUUCAGUACAAUUCGACUGCUUUCGUAGAUAAGAAUCAAUCUGGUCAUGGCAUGGCUGAAUAUUUGUUGGUUACCGAAUUGUGUACUGGUGGAAGCUUGGUAGAUGUCCUAAAUACAAGGACUUCUGCUCUGCCACCAGAAACUGUGUGCAAAAUAUUUUGGCACACAUGUCAAGCUGUUCAACAUAUGCAUUCUCAGAGUCCACCGAUUGUGCACAGAGAUCUAAAGAUAGAGAACUUGCUUCUAGGCACUGAUGGCAAUUUGAAACUGUGCGAUUUUGGAAGUGCAACAACACAAAUAUUUCAGCCAGACAACAGUUGGUCUGCACAACAACGCGCAAUGCUAGAAGAUGAGAUGAAUAGAUGCACAACACCAAUGUAUAGAGCCCCAGAAAUGGUUGAUACAUGGAAUAAUUAUGUUAUUAGUACUCCUAGUGAUGUAUGGGCACUUGGAUGUCUUCUUUAUGUUUUGUGUUAUAUGAAGCAUCCUUUCGAAGACAGUGCAAAACUAAGGAUCUUGAAUGCCAAUUAUACUCUUCCUCCAAAUGAUUCAAGAUAUUCGGACUUCCACCCUUUAAUAAGAGGUUGCCUACAAGUCGAUCCACAAAAACGGUUGACAGUGUUUGACUUGCUCGAACGGCUUGCAGCGAUUGCGGAAGUUCGAGGAAUCAAUGUUCGCGAGCCUCUCGGAAUUGAGGGAAAGAAAAUCAAUACAAAGCCUGGUACAUAUAUCAGUUUGUCGCAACUGAGAUUUGGGCCUCUAUCAGCAGUGAAUAACGGCUCUUCUACGCCACCUCAGUCGGUCGGUAAUGUCACAUCAGCCAGUCCGCAGCAUCAGCCUGCCAAUGCGCAUGCGCAGCCUCUCACCAAUCACAAUCAUCAGCCCCCGCCCCCUCAUCCUCCACCACCGCAAAGGCCGCCGCCAGUUAUGCCUGCUGCUAUGAACGCAGGUGGUGGUGGAGGAGGGGGAGGAGGAGGUCUCUUCUCAUCAAUAAAAGGUGGUGCGGGCAGCUUCCUCAAAAAUUUGAAAGAUACUUCCAGCAAAGUGGUUCAAUCUGUGCAACAAAGUAUGGCUCGAAGUGAGGUGGACAUUUCCUACCUGACCUCUCGAUUAGCUGUGAUGCCUUUCCCUGCCGAAGGCCUUGAAGUUACAACGAAAAGUAAUUACGCUGAAGACGUCAAAAUAUAUUUGGAAACACAUCACAAUGGCACGCAAUACUGUGUUUACAAUGUUUCCGGCCGUUCAUAUCCAUCUAGUAGAUUAGGCAGAGGCCGAGUAGUUGAUUGUGGCUGGGGUGGUGCACUGAAGCGAGCUCCUCCCUUACAUGCUUUAUACAAGUUAUGUCAGGAUAUGUACGAGUUCUUAGAAAUCCAUCCAAAGAAUAUUUGUGUAGUCCAUUGCAACGAUGGAAAAGCUAGUUCAGCAGUUUUGGUUUGUGCGUUCCUAAUGUUUAUUGGUUUAGUUCAAAAUCCUGAAGAUGCAGCUCAACUAUUCGCUGUAAAGAGAAUGCCUCCGGGAUUCCAGCCUUCUGAACUGAGGUAUCUCCAUUACUUGUGUGAUGUUUUGCGCUCCCCGCCAUUCAGUCCACAUUUUCAUCCACUAAAACUGGUAUCAAUCACAAUGCAGCCUGUUCCACUCUUCAAUAAAGUCAGAGAUGGAUGUCGACCUUAUGUAGAAGUUUAUCAAGGUGAUGAAAGAGUGUUAACUACUCAGCAGGAGUAUGAGAGAAUGGGAUUAUUCAAUAUCACCCACGGAAAGUUUUGUCUACUGAUACUGAACGAACUGGAUGACCUAUCCGAAGGUGAACAUUAUCAAAGUGAUAAAUUUUCUGUGAUAAUCUGCCUUGAAAUGCUGCAAUCGGUUGGCAGUCCUCCAACGCCUUGGGCCAAUCAUGAUAAGAACACUUACUCCACAAAUAUUGUCUUUUCGUCCGAUAUGGAGGCCGAAGAAACCCGUGAAAGCUUCGUACCGAAAAAAGUAGCACCAAAAAGGCCCGGACCCCCUCCAAGACCGGGUCCUCCAGCUCGACCUGUCCCUCCUCAACCCUCCAACAGGACAAACCCCUCCGAAGUCGACAACCAACAAACAUUUAUGAAACGCGAGGAAGAAGAAAAUCUGUUGGAAGACGUGGAACGGGAAGCCGACCUGUUGAACCUGUCUCUUAAUGAGCCGUCUGUGAAUAGCAACAAUACCAGUGGGAUGAAACCGGCAGGCAGCAACGUGGAUCUGCUGAUGGGAGGCGUCAGACCGGAACCGGCCAUAUUUAGCAUGGACGACACCGGCAACGACAAUGGUAACGGCACGACAACGGCCGACCUACUCGGCGGAUUCGGACAGUUUGUCGGCAGUGCGCCUGCCGCCGCCGCAACCGACCCGCUCAACUUUGAUCCGUUCGGAUCGGCUGCUAACAUCAAGGGUGACUCACUGAAACCCAAGUUGGCAGUCGACGAUAACCAUUUGCUGGGUGGAGGAAGCUGGCAGCAGGCGAACAUCCCUCGAAAUGCCAGCACGCCCAAUCUGGCACGAGAUCCAUUUGCUGAUUUAGGAAACCUUGGUAGCAACCUGAAAACGUCAGCUAGUCCAAGCAUAUCUCCUCAGCAUAGACCUUCCAGCUGGACCCCCCACCCUCUCACCACGCCAGCUGGUAGUCCUGUGAGAAAUGCAAAAUCUCCAUGUGAGCCAAAUUACGGUAGAUGUCACUUUGAUAGUGCGUUUAAAACAGCAGAGCCGACAGCUAAACAACCGCCCACAAAGUCGGCUGACGUAUUUGGAGACUUGCUGGGCAGCCAGGGCUAUCAGUUUUCAUCGAAAAAAGACGGAGGACCCAGAACGAUCAAUGAAAUGCGCAAAGAAGAGCUUGCUAAGGAUAUGGAUCCUGAUAAGCUCAAGGUGUUGGAAUGGAUCGAAGGCAAGAAGAACAACAUUCGCGCGCUGCUGUGCUCGAUGCAUACUGUGCUGUGGGAGGAGGCCAACGCCAAGUGGAGGUGCGAGAUGCACCAGCUUGUGACGGCAGCUGAUGUCAAGAAGGCGUACAGGAGAGCUUGUAUUGCAGUCCAUCCCGAUAAGCACAUGGGAACUCCGAAUGAGAAUAUAGCCAAGUUGAUAUUUGUGGAGUUGAACAACGCAUGGAGUGACUUCGAGAACGAUGCCAGUCAGCAGAAUAUGUUUCAGGCCGCUUAAAUUAUUAUACUAUACUAUUUUCCUAUAGGCUCCGAACUUAGCCUAGUCAACUGUUAUUCUAUUAUUAGGUGGUUAUUCCAUUCGUAUUUAGGCAUUCAAUACGACAAAUUUAUUUUCGGUCAUUUAGCUUUAAUAGUUUUAAUUUAGUUAUUGAAGUUAAGUUACCUGAGUUUUAUAUUUUUAUAUUGAUUAUAUCUGCAAAACGAGUUGCGUUAAACUUGGUUACUAACCAUGCAAAUGCUAUUACAUUGAAAUGAGGUCUCUUAUUUGAAGAUAUAGAAACAUUUCAACAACAUAUUCAUUUGUUUCUUAUAGCAAAAAUAUUCAACUCAAACGCAGUGACAUUUUCAGACGAUUAUUGUCCUUUCUUAAUAUUCUAGGUACCUAGGCUGCCAAGUGCUUAACUUUCUUGGUAAUAUAUCAAAUAUAACCUCUAUAUAUCUUAGCCUAAAAUCUGAAGUCUGGGAUAGGAAAACAUAGUGAAGAAGUCUAGUUAUAUUUUUAAUACGUUCUUAAUCUUCUAUCACUAUUUGUUCACUUUUAGUUUUAUCCAUUUAUGUAGAACUUGAGGAAACAUUAUAUAGUAAAAACUAUAAUAAAUAGGAGACGUCUCGGAGAUCAUCCAACUUUAUCAGUUUCUUCUCAACUUAUGACUGCUUACCAAAAGUCUGUAAAGGAGUGUGAAAAUGAAUGCCUUUGAUGAAUCGCCGUUGCUUGGCAAAAAUCGGUUGAAUAUUUUUUUUUAUUUUGGUACAAUAUUAUACGAGUUGAGUUGAGACUGGAGAGUUCAUUGUUUUAUUUAAUUUCAUCAGUUUAUUACAAGGCAUUUUUAACUACAAUUUUCAUUUUUUUAAAUAACAAUUGAAAUAAUUGAUAAUUCCAUUUUAUUUAAAUUUAGGGCGAUUCUGUUUUUCAUUUUAACUUUCAUUUGGUCGCCAUGAAUCAUCGUAUGGUUUUCAAAGAAUAACAUAAGCACAUUAUAGAUUGAUUAUUCUAUACUGAUUAUUAUGAAGAUUCGCCUAAGUUGUUUUAACAUUCUUGAUGGGAAAAAUUAUGAUGAGGCUGCAAAUAAAACAUCUCACGAAAUAAUGCAUAUGUUUUUCAAAAAAUGAUGAUGCCUAUAUAAAUAUAGUGAGACACACGUUUUAAAGUCAGUGGAAAUGAUAGAAUGACAUUGUUGUCACUUUCCCUUUUAUUGUAGGUAGCUGUGAUUCAAGUUUCCCAAGAUAUUUAAUCUAAUAUCAAUUU